GCGCGGCGGCUGCUGCUGUGGACGUCCUGGAGGCAGGCCGCCAACGCCUCGCCGCCAGCAAGGCGGCUGCGAGCGGCAAGGGCCGAGCCGCCAAGGGAGGCCGCAGCUUUCCCAGCGGAGGCACUGGCAAGGAGGCGGCUAGCCCCGCAGGCCAAGGCGCGGCGCGGCCACGCAUCCAGCGGGUUUUGAGCAGGGAGUACUCGUUCGGGGAGCACGGGCUCAAGGAUGCGGGACCAGCUAGCUGCGAGGGCCUCGAGAGCCUCGACGCCGUGCUGCGGGCCCUGCGCACGUGCACGGGCCGCCACCGGCUGGAGGACCCCAUGGCGGACGACGAGGUGAGGGGCGACUUGCACUGGCACCAGCAUUGCGUCCCUUUCGUUGCCCGCUUCCUUUCUCACCAGAGCUUCCUAGCACUGGUCUGGGAGCGCGCGCGGCGAGAUGGGCACGACAAUCCUGGAGCGGCGCGAGUCGAUAUGGCCAUCGAUAUCUGUCUCGCUGCUCUUCGACGCCGCCGCGCUGCUCGAGCACGGUACCGUGCCUGGCUGGCCCGCAUGCGCAUCGACGACCCUGAGGUGUGGCCCCAUGGGUUGCUCGAGCACCUCCACGCGCUGCACCAGGAGACGGAAGCGUUCGACAACGGCAACGGCAUCCAUUGGCUCCUCAGUGCCGUCGGCUUUCACGACCUCGGCACCUACGGCAUCCACCUGCCUGCCCACCUGCCGCCUGCAGGAUGGGAG